AUGUCUUCUAACGAAACAACUGAAACUGAAUUAAAGCGUAUUGAUUCUUUUGUUGAAAAAGUUCCUGCUGGUUUUUAUACUAUUGACCAAAAAGAACGUGAACUUUGUCGACAACUUGGUGGUAAUCAACAAGAUUGUAUUAAACUUAAUUUAGAAUAUUCUGAAAUGUUCUCUCAAAUGCAAAAACUUGGUUUCUUUUGUGCUCUUCCAAUGGAUCCCACUUUAACAUAUAUGGAAUGUCGUCGUGUAUAGUUUCUCUCUUUUUUCUCUUCUUUUUUUUUUUCUUCUUCUAUGUAUAUUACC